UAUAAUCAUACGAAUAUAAUGGACGCUAUUGUACACGAUUUUAGUUGAAUUGAAUGAAACUAGUAGUCAAAGAAAAACGAUAAAUUUAGAGCAGAAGCUUGGGAAUCGGAAUUCAAAAUCCAGCCCGGAGAAUUUGGUUAUCACGAUGAGAGUAGAGAAUGAGAAGGCGGUCUGGUUAGCGGCCGGCGUUUGAUAAUUUUUCCGGCGGGGGCUUUUUCCAACUUUCCCUAAAUCCUAAGAAUCCCAAUGGCUGCAAAACCCAAGUCCCGCACAGUUCUUGAACCCCUCGCAGAUUCCGCCGUAGAUACCAACAACUCUCCGAUCAAAUCUGUGUCACUCUCAAAACUCUCUGACACCGAAACAUUAGUUUAUCUCGGUACCCUCUCCGGAACUCUGUUGUUAUAUUCUCUCAAGUAUUCCCCGGAUUCCCCUCCCGGAAUUUCUUUUCUCAGACGCGUUUCCAUAUCCGGCUCUGGUAGCUCUGUAAAUUCGAUCCACCCACUUGCCCACAUCGGUAAAGUUGUAGUACACUGCGAUGGCUUUCUCUUUUUGCUUGAUGAUAAAUUACUCCAACCUGCUAAAAGAAUUAGUCUUAUCAAAGGCGUUACUGCAUGUUGUCGUAAAUUCCGAGUCCAAAAGUUGGGUAAUAACCCUUUUCCCCAAACAUCUAACGGUGGAAGUUAUACUAAUCAUAACUAUGCUAAUGCUAAUAAUAGCAAUGGCAAUAGUUUAUUUGCGAUUGGGAUGGGAAAAAAGUUGGUAUUGGCGGAGUUGAUUCUAAGUGGGUCUUUGGUGAUUUUGAAGGAGAUUCAGGGCAUUUUCGACGGGACUAUAAUGAAUCUGGUGUGGGUAGAUGAUUCUUUAGUUUUUGGUUCUAAGACUGGGUAUUAUUUGUAUAAUUGUGUAAAUGGACAAUGUGGAUUGAUUUUUUCCCUACCAGAUUCUUCUAGUUCUCCACAGCUGAAGUUGUUGGCUAGGGAGUGUAGGGUGUUAUUGAUGGUCGACAAUGUGGGUAUUAUUGUGGAUACUGAGGGGCAACCUGUGGGUGGCAGCUUGGUGUUUAAGGAGGUUCCUGAUUCCAUUGGAGAAAUUGGGUCUUAUGUGGUUGGUGUGAGGAAUGCUGAGGCGGAGUUGUAUCAUAAGAAGACAGGAGAUUGUGUUCAGAGGUUUAUGGUUGUUGGGGAUGGAGGUGGAGGGCUAUGCAUUGUGAAUGGUGAGGAGAAUGAGAGUGGGAAGCUGCUUGUCAUAACAACAUGUUCAAAGGUUCUGUGCUACAGAAAAGUUUCUGGAGAAGAACAAAUCAAGGAUCUGCUGCGAAAGAAGAACUUCAAAGAAACCAUUUCCUUGGUUGAAGAGCUACAGAGUGAAGGUGAACUGACAAAAGAAAUGCUUUCUUUUGUCCAUGCCCAGGUCGGCUUCCUCUUGUUGUUUGACUUGCACUUUGAGGAAGCAGUGGAUCACUUUUUGCUUUCAGAAACAAUGCAGCCUUCUGAGCUUUUCCCAUUUAUCUUGCGGGACCCAAAUCGCUGGACCCUGAUGGUUCCCAGGAACCGGUAUUGGGGAUUGCAUCCUCCUCCAGCACCUCUUCAAAAUGUUAUAGAUGAUGGGUUGACAGCUAUUCAAAGAGCUGUUUUUCUUAAGAAGGCAGGUGUGGAGACUGCUGUAAGUGAUGAGUUUCAUCUAAAUCCACCUAGUAGAGCUGAUUUGUUAGAGUCUGCAAUCCAAAACAUGAUAAGAUAUUUGCAAGCUUGUCGUGAUAGAGAUUUGACCCAUUCAGUUAGGGAGGGAGUUGACACACUUCUAAUGUAUCUGUAUAGAGCCCUCAAUCGUGUAGAUGAUAUGGAAAGACUUGCAUCUAGUGAGAACAGCUGUGUAGUGGAGGAGUUAGAAGCUUUAUUGAAUGACUCUGGUCACCUAAGGGCACUUGCUUUUUUGUAUGCUCGUAAGGGGAUGAGUGCUAAAGCUCUGGGUAUUUGGCGCAUACUUGCUAGAAAUUAUUCACAGGGAAGAUAUUAUAGAGGACAAUCAGAGGAAACUGGAUCAACAAGAGAGAAUGAAGAUACGACUACUGAUUUAAACGUUUCUUCUAGAAAUGUUAUAUUUGGCCGAGAAACAGCUGCAUUAGAGGCAUCAAGGAUUCUUGAGGAGUCUUCUGACCAAGAACUGGUACUUCAGCAUCUUGGAUGGAUUGCAGAUAUCAACCAGAUGCUUGCUGUUCAAGUACUGAUAUCAGAAAAAAGAACUAAUCAGCUAUCACCAGAUGACGUUAUUGCUGCAAUUGAUCUCAAAAAAGUGGAAAUUCUUCAAAGAUAUCUCCAGUGGUUGAUUGAAGAACAAUACUCUGAUGACACUCGAUUUCAUACUACGUAUGCACUUUUACUUGCCAAGUCAGCACUUGAAACUUAUGAGAUGGAACUAUCAACUCAAAACUCUGUUGCUGGCAUGCUAAAAAAUGAGAUGUAUGUUUCUGAAUUUGGAGAAGACUCAAUCUUUGAUACUCCUGUCAGGGAGAGAUUGCAGAUCUUUUUAGAGUCAUCAGACUUGUAUGAUGCGGAAGACGUCCUUGAUUUGAUUGAAGAAUCUGAAUUAUGGCUGGAAAAGGCUAUUCUUUACCGUAAGCUUGGUCAUGAAACGUUAGUGCUUCAGAUUUUGGCCUUGAAACUGGAGGACUGUGAAGCUGCUGAACAAUAUUGUGUGGAAAUUGGUAGACCAGAUGCUUAUAUGCAGUUACUUGAGAUGUAUUUGAAUCCAAAGGAUGGUAGAGAGCCCAUGUUUAAAGCUGCAGUUCGCCUUCUCCACAACCAUGGAGAAAUGCUGGAUCCGUUGCAAGUCCUGGAGAGAUUGUCUCCUACCAUGCCACUCCAGCUUGCCUCUGAUACAAUAUUAAGAAUGCUGAGAGCUCGACUUCAUCAUCAUCGUCAAGGACAGAUUGUGCACAAUAUGUCCCGUGCUUUGGAUAUUGAUGCAAGCUUGGCAAGAUUGGAAGAAAGGUCGCGUCAUGUUCUUAUUAAUGAUGAGAGUGUCUGCAGUUCUUGUCAUGCUCGUCUGGGAACUAAACUAUUUGCAAUGUACCCUGACGAUACCGUUGUUUGUUACAAGUGUUUUCGUCGCCAAGGCGAGUCUACAUCUGUCACGGGUCGCAAUUUUGAGAAAGAUCCAUUGGCGAAGCCCGGUUGGUUGGUGACUCCGUGAUCAUGCGAAAGAUGUACUUAUGAAAUUUACACUUAGCGGUUAGUGUCAAGGUACGAGAUGAUUUUAGGCCCCAAACAGAGCGGAGUUGCUGAAGAGAUGAGUUUUUAUCUUUGAGCAAGUCAACCAUGACCAAUAUUUUUUAAUCCGCAGUUGGCUCCGUUACAAUUCCCUUCUCCUGAUUUGAUGGAGUCCAUUUGAUUGGCUCUCUGGAUGUUGUGGAACAGUUAUGUAAAUUAGUUGGUAGUUUUUCGAAGAGGAGGAAUCAAUUUUGGGUUUUUACACUAUGAUGUAUAAAUGUUGUAACAUGUUGAAUUGGCUGGCUGAUUUGUGUUUAAAUGAUGAUCCUGUAAUACCCUUCAAUAUUUGGAAAUGUUAAAAGGAAGUGGGAUCUCUUAACGGGGUCCCCCGUUUCUCCUUCAACAAGUGCCCAGUUGCUAAUUCAUCUUCUGUAAUGAAAUAUUGUUCUUUUAUCUAUUAUUCACAAUAUGCAUUUCCAUCCA